AUAAAUAAAAGUACUUUGUUUUUUUUCGCCACGAGACUGAUUACUGACUCUACUUUUUAGAUGUGAGAGACUAGCUCACAUCUGCAAAGACUUUGCAACGCUGAUCCUUCCUGCUCACUCUUCUUAUUCUCUGGCUAAGCUUGCAUACCCACAAAAAGAAGUAGCGGGAACUGGCCUUACCUGCUUUAUACCAAUUGAGUUUGCUAGUUGGACAGCCUUCAAAGAUGUUGCAACACCUGAGAGCUCGCAGUGGGAGUUUAUUCCCAGGCUACAAGCACGGCAGCCGCACUGCGACCUUCAGAGAACUGGAGGACUUCUUGGAUCUCACGAAGAUCUUUGUGAAGCCAUGGAAUUCUAUGCAGGACUUGGGCAGAGACAUGUAUGAUCUUUAUGCCGAGGAUGACGAAGAGGAAGAAGAUGCAUCCUUAACUGGCAUGCUGCCGUCGCCUGCAAAGCACUUCACACUUAACAUCAACGUUGGUGGAACAGUGUACAGUCUGCCCUACAGGUUAGCUGCCAGGUAUCCAAAAACCCGGAUAGGCCGCCUGGCCGUGUACACUGACCACUGCAAGAAGUUGGACCUGUGUGACGACUACAUGGUUCACAGUAAAGAGUUCUUCUUUGACCGCGACCCCACUAUUUUCCACUACAUCUUUAACUUUUAUCGGACCGGGGUGUUGUGCAUUAAAGAGGAACUUUGCCCCCACAAUUUCCUGGAGGAGAUCAACUACUGGGGAGUCCGCAUCAAGAACAGCCAACGCUGCUGUCGCAUCUCCUUUGAGGAGAGACAAGACGAGCUCAACGAGCAACUGAAGAUACAGAAGCAGCUGAUGGCCGAGGUGGAGAUGGUGGAGUUGGAGGAGGACGAGGCUUUGUAUCACAACAUGGUCUUUGGCCACGCCCGCUGGAAAGUCUGGAACAUGAUGGAGAAGCCCUUCUCCUCCGUUGCUGCCAAGCUGAUAGCGGUGACGUCCUCCAUGUUUGUGCUGAUUUCGCUGGUUGCCAUGACGCUGAACACCGUGGAGGAGAUGCAGUACACGACCACAUCGGGGCAGCUCAGUGGGAAGUCCCAGGGCGAAUGUGUGGAGACUUUCUGCAUCAGCUUCUUCACCUUGGAGUACGUCCUCCGCCUGCUGUCCACCCCCAACAUCCCGUCUUUCCUACGCAGCGUCCUCAACUCUGUGGACCUGAUCGCCAUCCUGCCACACUACCUGCAGACGGCACUGGAGUUCUUAGACCAAGAGGACGCACACCUGCAGGCUGGAGACAUUGAGACCAUGACGCGUGUGGGAAAGCUGGGUCAAGUUCUGAAGAUCAUGCGUCUGAUGCGAAUCUUCAGGAUCCUGAAGCUGGCUCGCCACUCCACGGGCCUCCGAGCCUUCGGCUUCACGCUGAGACAAUGUUACCAGCAGGUGGGCUGUCUGUUGCUGUUCAUCAGCUUGGGCAUCUUGGUGUUUUCAGCCAUGGUGUACACGGUGGAGCACGAGCUUCCCAACACCAACUUCACCUCCAUGCCGCUGGCCUGGUGGUGGGCGUCGGUGAGCAUUUCCACGGUGGGAUACGGCGACAUGCUCCCGGAGACCAGCCUGGGCCGCAUCUUCGCCUUCGCGUGCAUCUCCUUUGGCAUCAUCCUCAACGGCAUGCCCAUCUCCAUCCUCUACAACAAGUUCUCCGACUACUACGGCAAGCUGAAGGCUCACGAGUGUGCCGCCGUCACCAAGGCCCGAGGCAACGUGCACUUCGCCCGCAGGGCGGCCAAGAAGUUUGCCGAAUGCUGCGAGGACGCCGUGCAGUCGAGCAUCCCGACCACCGUGUGGCAGAGUGAAGAACUAACAUGAUGAAAAUGUCUGCAGCCAUGACAAACAACCACUAGGUGAUGCAAGAUAAAACAUAUCAUGUGUGUUCUGGACUUAAGGCACACUUUUACACACACACACACACACACACACACACACACACACACACCCCCCCCCGAAAAACUUGACACUGCGCCGAAUGUCCUGAAUAAUUUUGGUUGUGCUUACCGACCUUGAAGCAAUUUUAUUUGGUACAUGUUGUAAUAAGUGUGACCAGUAGAUGGCAGUCACACAAAUACAUGUAAACUGCAAUAUGACUUGAGUAAACAUCCAUCCAUCCAUUUUCUACCGCUUAUUCCCUUAAAAAUAUAGAACAUGACACAGCACUCAAAAAUCUUUCAAAAUGUAUUUGUAUGACUUUGGUAAACUAUGAAAAUAAUGACUCCUUUUUAAAUACGCCAUAUAGUCCUGUGCGACUCAUACGUGAAAGCUCAAAUAGGCAUAGUCCGGGUGCCCUAUGACUCGAGAAUUAUGUUUUUUUAUAUAUAUAUAUAUUUAUAUAUAUAUAUAUAUUACUUUAAUAUUGUACAUGGUAAUUGUUAUAUAUUAAAAAUAGAAUAGAAAGUACUUUAUUGAUCCCUGGGGGUAUGAUUAUAAACAUUCUAUAUCAGUGUAUAUAUAAUAUACUGUACAUAUGUUACGUGGAUGUUAUACUUUAUAUCAAUAUAUUUAGACUAUUUAUACCUGCAUUAUCCUUUCCAUCCUUGUAACUGAACUACUGUGUGGAACAAUUUCCCUUGUGGAUCAUUAGUUUGUCUAAGUCUAAUAUCAAUCUAAUCCACAGCAGUUUAACCAAAUUCUAACUGCCUUUUUUUUUUUCUUUCUUUUUUUUAACCAUAGAAACAGCAGUACUGUUUAACAAUCUACAGGAAAAUACACUAAAUUUUGACGUAAAAUUAUUGCAAUUUGCUUUUUUUUUUUUACAUUUUAGUUUUUGAAAAACAUCUAAUAAAAUGCAUAAAAAAAUUGUGGGGCCAAACAUAUAAGUGUGAUGUGAAAACUGACAAUCGUGCCCCUGAAGGAGAGUGCCGCCCUCUAGUGGUGAGAUGUCAGUCUGACAACCAACCCUGUAGAGGACAACUAUGACUUGGACAAAAAAUAUAAUAUUUUCAGUGACGUUUGUAGAUUAUUUAUGCUGCAAAUAAAUAAAAAAAAUUGUAAACUCCUGUUUAAA